AUGUCAAUAAUCAACACCGUGUCCACGACACGCGCAGAUCUCCCAUCCCUAGACCUUAUGUUCCCUCAAGAGCUCAUUUCACCUGAAGUUUCAGCACAGCUUCCCUCCGAUCUCGAGAUACGCCCGCUCGCGUCAACAGACUACAAACGUGGACAUCUCGAUGUCCUUUCUGGUCUAUCCGUCGUCAACGACCUCGGCGAGGUAGCGUGGGUCAAUCAAUUCCACGCCAUGCGCGCAACACCGUGCGCAUACUUCUCCAUCGUCAUCCUCGACAAGGCGAGCGACAAGAUCAUCGGAGUCGGUACCGUCUUCAUCGAGCGCAAGUUCCUCCGUGGUCUCGGCAGUGUCGGCCACAUCGAGGAUAUCGCCGUCGACAAAAACUACCAGGGCAAGAAGCUUGGCCUCCGUCUCAUCCAGGCUCUCACGCAUAUCAGUGAGAGUAGCGGCUGUUAUAAGUCCAUCUUGAACUGUAAUGAUGCUAACAUUCCCUUUUACGAAAAGUGUGGCUAUGUCAAGAAGGAGAACGAAAUGGUAUUUUUCAAGCACUUCUCAUAG